AUGGUGGGGCAAACAGACUUCCGGCCGAAGCUCAUAGAAAUGCUGGAACGUGCUCGGCGAGCUCGGAAUAAUUUCGAUUCCAGUGGCCGUUUGCACGGUCGUUUACACGGGCGCAUACCACCGCGGGGAUAUUUCAGUACAGUGCGCGAGGCACAGGGCACAGCAUCUUGUUUGGACACUUCUUUAAAUCAAUUACGAGUUUCUGGCAGGCAAGUUCUCCGGGCAAGUAGCACACGCUUGCACCGCCCUGCCAGUUUAACGAAAGGUGUUUUUGCACACAAAGGUGCAUACAAAAUUGGGAAUAAGCAUACAAAAUUUGAACCAUUGGAUUAUUUAAACGAACCAUGGUAUCUCACUUAUUGCGAAACAUGGGAAAACAUUCAAAAUGCUAUAGAGGAUAUAAGGUCCAAUAUGUUCCAACAAGUUUUGAAUGAUUUAGAAUCUUUUGUUUCCAAAAUUAAAGCUAAACCAAUUGAGCAAGUUGAAAAUGAAAUACAAACAGCCAUUUUAUUAACAGGAGUUAAUGUCUCUGAUCAUACGAUAAUGUUUCAAAGAGUAAUUUCCAAGUUAAAACCAAUAACAAAGCAUAUAGCUGUCAUAUGGAGUAGGGACUCGAAUAAUAUAAAGAAUCUCAUAGAAGAAUCAAUUUAUCAGUUGAUGAGUAAUGAAAAGGACGAAGAAGAUAUUCUAAUUAAAAAGAAUCGAUGUCACAUGAGAAAUCUUAAGCUGUGGCACCAAAAACAUUGUGAUCAAAAUGAUCCCCUUGUUAUAGUGAUAACUGAUUUUGAAAGUUCUUCCCCUCAAGUAUUACAUGAUUUUAUUUUAAUAUUGAGUUCAUAUGCAAGUUCAAUGAAAUUUAUUCUUAUAUUUGGUGUUGCAACUACUUUGCAUGCUAUUCAUAGAUCUUUAACAUACGAUGUUACAUCAAAGUUGAAUGUUCAAAUAUGUAUGAUACAACACUUUUAUGCGAACAAUGUAAAUUCUCUUUGUUGUCAACCGAAAAAGAUAAAACAUCGGAUGUCUUUUUUAACAGACGACGAUCUGACAGAAAUUAAAAAAUUACCAUCUAUAGAAAGAUAUAUUAAACAACAUACGAGCGAUGAGAAUAAAGAUGAAUUGCUUGACAAUGAUAGGUUCAAGGAAACAUUGUCGCAACUGCUAAACGAAUUUCACCAAUAUAUGCACCGAUUUUUAAUAACGGUCAGGUGUCUCCACGAUCUGAUGUCGAAACUGCCAAACGCGCCGAUGGGCAAACAGCUGCGCGAAUAUUACACGAAAGCAGUCUACACGAAAGAUCUGAGAGAAUCUCAGGAGUACAAAGAAUGCCUGCAAUUAUUGAGCUUUUUGUCGAAGAAGGAAAUGCUUGCGAAAUUGAACUCUCUCGCAGCAAUUAUGGAAAGUUCGAAGGAUCCAGUUAUGAAUAAAGUUGAAGCGGAUUUGCAGAGCCAUAUAAAAAUAAUCGAGGAAGCCAGUUUAGACGUAGCCUCGAAUCCUGUCGAUAUUGUUUCCACCGGUGAAAAACUCAGUCGACUUCAACUGAAAGAGAAAUUAUUGAAACUGUCGCAAACGCAAUCUCGAUCACCUUACAAGGUAGCGCAACAGGAUUUGAUCGAUUAUUUGGAUCAGGAAGUAUUCUCUGUGUACUUGGUCAAUCCUCAUUACGUGCCAGCCAACGAGAUAUUUUGCUUCAGCGAUGGAAAUUUAGCGAAACAGCAUGUCCGUGGGUCUUUGAGAGCUGCCAUUCACACUGGAUUAAAUGAUCCACACGUGUACUUAAAUUGCGAGUGCUGCAAAUUGGAGAACGACGACGCCAUUCCGUCCACGCUGCCUGACCUCAGUAUAAUUUACAAGUUGCACUUGGAAUCCAGGAAGCUGAUCAAUAUGUACGACUGGUUACAGGUAACAAUCCGUUUCGUGUUUACAGCUAAAUCACAGUUAUACUUAUGGUCACGUACGCUGGCUUACGAAUUAGCACAGGAAACUUUUGUGCGUAUAUUGUACGUGUUGUGUGAAAUACUUUGAAGUAUUAUUGCUGGUAUUGUAAUUAGUAGACUGCGGAUUUUUACGAGAAUAUUAUAGAUUUGAAAAUAUAUCAUGCAUAUCUAAAAUCGGAAGAUUGAAGUUUAAUAGAUACAGAUCAAUUUCAAUUGAUGAUAAAUAAAUGAAUUAUUAAGUUAAAAAGAAAUUAACAUAUUUACAUUUUAAAAAGAGUUUACUAUGUCUAUCCUAAGUACUUGCAUUUGUUGUCAGAGUCGUUAAUAUAGGUUAAUAUAGGAAUUUCAAGAUAUUUUAUACAACACGUUCACAAAAGAUUUCUGCGUUUGAAUAUUAUCGUGAGUUAUUGUAUGUACAUUCGUUUCGUGAUGUUAAUCGUGCUCGCGAACGAGUGAUUCAUGCGAACAGCGUGUUGUAAAAGGGGUUGUUUUAUUAUUUUGCCGUUAUUAAGGUGUAAGUAUUGGAUAAAGAAAAUUAAAGUCACUAUGUAUGCAUAUGUAAGUGAUCUCUAAAUUACGCAGUGCUGUUAGAAAAAUAACAAGAUGAAAGAGAUAGUGCACGAUAAUAGUGUUCGGUGAAUCACUGCUUCGUGCGUUGGAAAUAAAAUCAAAUUAUUUAAUAGCCGUAUACAUGUGACUGGUAGAGAUAAAUAUAAAUGUGUCUGGUUCAUGCAAAUAUUUUUAGAUUUAGAAACACGUGUGGUUUAUUUCUCUGAAUGGAAUAAAAAAAAUUAUUUCUGAUUGGAGAUUGAGGAAAAAUUUUUCAGAUUUCGUAAAUGAAAUUUAAUAAAAUACUAGACUUCCUUUUAAAUCUAAUAUCUUAUUUUAUAUUAGAAUUUUAACUAGAAUAUUUUUAUCAACAUUGGUGGCAUAUGUCGAACGUAAUAUUUUCUUUGAUGUUGAUUCAUGAAAAAUUUUAUUAAAUAUAAUAAACGAUAACUCUGUAUUAGGUAAGCACAGGAAUUUAAAUCAACGCCGUGAUAAAAAUUCACGCGCUUGUUUAUUCACGAGUGCACGUCGACGCGUUUCAUUGUAUUAUAGAAAAUAUCUGUUUGGUUCAUACGUAUUGAUUUAUUUCUCAUUUCGUGACGUGAAGUUAAAUAAAAAAAAAAAAAAAAAAGAAAAGAGAGAAAAAACAAAUAUUUGCAGAAAUUUCAAAGAUAACAUAUUUUAAACACAGAACAAAUUAUAUUCCGUUUUGCGAAUAAUAUUUUUGAUACACGUUUUUUUUCUAGAUGAAAAUUUCCACGACGUUUCGCUGUGUGAAAUAUUAGUGACGAAAUUAAAGUUCCAACUAUUUCGGUUAAAUUUGUCGCGAAGUACGUUUCAUCUCGUCACGUGUUAAAUCAUAAAUCCAAACACUUUUGUUUCGUCUAAUCCCUGGCGUUUAUGUUCCUUUAUAUGAAAGAAUUACGCCGUGAAAUGGAGAAAUGAAUGGAGACACGAGCAUUUUCCGAGAAUUCCAUUUUCACGGACGUCGACCACGGCUCGUAAGGUGCUAAGCUACAUUCGCAGGCUUUUAAUGGCACAGCCGGGUUUCGUUUGCCUUAAAAUAUAGCUUUCGAAACGUUGAAAAUAUUUCAUUGAUAGACAGACUUCAUAAACAUUCAUAAACAGACCUUUUUUCACUAAAUAUUUCUCAUUUUUAAUUCGUUUUUAACGAAAGACCAAUUAAUCGUUCAUCGACUAUGACAUAGCCACAAUUUUAAUAAUUUGUUCAGUGAUUCGAUACGUGGAAAAUUUUUUUUAAAUUACUUUUUUACUUGAUAUUGAAUUUUAAGAAAACUCCAUUCUUAAGAAUGAACCUCUUUUUUUAUGAAACUUCUAACUUUUUAAAUGAAUGAUACUACUACUAUAAUAUUCUAUAAUUUUCUAUGACUUUGAUAUUAUAUAUCAUUGAAUAUAAAGGUGCUAUUUCAUGCGAUUAGUAGAAUGUCGCAACCAUAUUAAAGUAAGUAUUGAAGUAUCUCAAAGUUUUUCGAUGAAUUUUUCCAUGAUUUUUAUAUUUUAUAUUCCAUAUUAUACAGAAUUAAUUGCACCUGAUUACUGCCAAAACAACUACUAGCAAUCUUCUUGAAUAAAAUUUUGUUCAGAAUGCACACUCUUAAAUUAAACAUUAGACCCUAGAUUAAAUUGUAUCCAUCAUGAUUUGUCAAACUCUGGACUAAAUUCUGUAGAUGAAAACUUGUUAAGAGUUUUAGAUCUGAAAAUCAUACUUGUAGACUUUCGACUAAAUUGUCAAGUUGUUUCUAAAUCUCCAGACCUCAAACUAAACAUUUCUCCUAAACCCUACUAAAUUUCCUAAAUUUUCUAAUUCUAAACUCAAUAUUCUUUGUCCAUUGACUUUAAAUUCUUCAGAUCGAACGUUCUUCAUUUCUUAACUAUAAAUUUUUUCAUUCUCUUGCCUAUGUUUCCAAUUCGUACAUUCCAUACACAAUUAUGAUAACAUUAUUUCUCGACUAGAUAGCCUUGUACCAUGUUUCUGAAACUCUUUCAGGCGUUUUUAAUCAUCGUGGAUCCAGCAAGCGGCGCAAGGGAACAACGGGACGUGGACCCGAAAUUACAGUAUCCUUUUUCAUUUAGAGGUUUUCUCACGUCCGUAUCCGGUGGGGGAAUAAUGGGAACGUAUAUAGGAAGAUUUGUCUAACCACUGUACGCUUGAAAUUCAUAUCGUAGAUGGUAAUAGUGAAAUCGUAAGCUCGCGGUGGUUACUCGCCGGGAUCGCGUGCCUCUUGUUUGAAUAAUUCACAGUGCGAACACGUGUGAAUUUUAUCGUGGUUCAUGGUAUCCUUAACGGAGAUUUAGAGCUCGUUUCACUCAAGCAGUUGCCGAACUAGAGUUUCUCGGUUUCAUCAAGAGCUCGCGGAAGAAAACGGACCACGUUAAGCGACUCACAUGAUCAUCCCUUACUUCAUUUUUUCUUUUUUUUUUUUUUACAUUUCGAAUUAAAUUUUCAAUUUAAGAACGGAAACUUUGUUCUCUAUAUUUAGAUAGUAGAAAUAUUUCUCAUUUGAAAUUUCUCUUGCCUCGAUCCUUCGAAUUUAUUACAUUUGUAGCUUCUUCCUGUGUGUUUUCGUUCCACGAAAUAAAAUCCAGUUCUUUCUCGUUCAUCACAUCGAUACUUCACUUAGAUUAUAAAUGAGGUUCAUUUUGUAUUUUUUUAAAAUCUGCGUUUUAAUAAAGGAAAAAAAAAAGAGAGAUGGAAGAAGAUAUCUCGUACCCUUUUAUUUUUUUUUCCAUUUUAUCUUUCCAACAGAUACUUUCCAAUUUUCCUUCCGUUUACAAAUUUGGCUCACAUCCGUUUGCUCUACACAUGACAUUUAUUUUCGUUCGAAUAGUAGUAAAAUAAAAAAAAAAAGACAAGUGGAUGAGAAUAUCAGGUAGCUUUAAUUUUUUAUUUUUUUAUUUUUUUUUUUUCUUAGAAAUAUUCUUCAACGUGGCGUAGCGUGUGGAAGUUUCCGGACAGGAACUUCCGUAGCUUCGAAGGGGGAAAGCUAA